AUGGGCGAGACAAGUGGAACAAUGGCCGAGAAAGCAGCAUUCCAAGUCAUUGUCUUGGGCCCGACUGGUGGACCCCGCGAAGAUAGCGUCACGGGCAUUCUUGUCCGGUCAACGGCAACGAAAUGGUCUCCAAAUUCGGUGGUAGCCGUUGAUGCAGGUACCCUUCUUGCAGGCAUCAUUCGAUUACUGGAGCGAUACAUCCCCGAAUGCAAGGAUGAGCAGGGGAUGAUGACAAGUGGACCUUUUCGGGGGCUUGAGCUGCCCUGCAGAACAGCACAGGCAAAUGCAGCUCAUGUAUUUCGAGAAAUCAUUGGUGCCGUUCUUAUCACGCACCCUCACCUAGAUCAUAUCUCAGGGUUGGCCAUUAAUACCCCGAUUCUGGAGGCGGGUAAUGGACCAAAGCCUGUGGCUGCUUUACCCUCUGUGCUAUCCGCUCUCAAAAAUCACAUGUUCAACGAUGUCAUCUGGCCUAACCUGUCGGACGAGGAUGGCGGGGCUGGGUUGCUCACAUAUCAGCGCUUGGUGGAAGGUGGAAACCCUCGUUUCGGUCGUGGAGACAGUAGAGGCUAUGUCAGGGCUUGCAAUGGCCUAUUGACAAAAUGCUUGAGUGUUAGCCAUGGCCGGUGCAAGCAGCGAUACCAUCCAGAAAGCGGGACGCACCAUCGAGUCGGGAGUACCGUCUUUUCUGAUCAUCAGUUGAUGCUACCUUCCAGAGCAAUUUCGGUGGACCAUACCGAUGGCAGUUUCUAUUCCCCCGCUCGGUCCCCACGUAUACUCCCAUCCAAUCCCAAAGAGCCACUAAUGGCAACAGUCGAGAGUUCCGCCUUCUUCUUGCGUGACCAUCACACCGGCUGCGAGAUCAUUGUCUUUGGUGACGUCGAACCCGACUCAGUCUCCAUGGGAACUCAUAACAAACGAGUUUGGGAAGCCGCCGCACCGAAGAUUGCCACGGGCAAACUACGAGCGAUCUUCAUCGAAUGUUCCUACAAUGACAGCACUGACGACUCAUACCUGUACGGCCACAUGUGUCCACGACAUCUAGUAUCCGAGCUCACCAUGUUAGCCAACCGAGUCAUGGAAGUGCGGGAUUUGAACACGGGCGAGAAAAAGCGCAAGCGUGAACCCGUAGCCCCCGUCGAGAGCGGCAGCGAGCAAGUGAGCCCAAAGUCCAAACGGACGCUAAGCUCCUCUGCCGAUAAAGACAGGACGUCCGAGUCGCUUAUUGAACCUCGAUCACAUCCGAGCGAGUCAUUCGAGAUUCCUCCGAUACCCAGAGUGGAAUUUGGAGAUGUUCUAGGAAAGCCGGACCCUGAGACUUGGGUUGACACUUCUCCUCUUCCUCUGGAAGGACUAAAGGUCUACAUCAUUCAUAUCAAGGAGAAUCUUACUGAUGGGCCUCAUCCUGGAGAACAGAUUCUGAAGGAACUCCAGGAUCAUGGUGAAACAGCCCAUUUGGGUUGUGAAUUCCUGAUCCCCAAUCCUCUUGAGGGAAUAUGGAUUUGA